AUGAAUGGGCAGACCUCUCCACUGCCGAGCGAUACUCCAGCAGAUGUGCUACCGGAGAGAACGACGAUAGAAUCUACGACGAAUGGCACAACCGGCCCAGGAAUCGUGGCGCAAAGCCAUGAACAGGAGGCCACGGAUGCGAGGCCUGCACCCGACAUUGCAGAAGGAAGACGCGCAGACGAUGAUAUUGCACACGUCAAGGCCGAUAACGAUGUGAUCAUGAAUGGAGACCACGACGAUGCUGCUUCCGAGGCCGAGACACUCAUCGACAGCCCAGUGAAGAAACGCGAGGCUGAGAAGCAAAAGCAAUUACAGACGCGGAGUAGGAUCGGUGGCCUACCGGUGCCUGGAGAAGAUGACGAAGAAAGCGAGUCUGUGGCCACGCCGCUACAAAGCACCGAGAUGAGCGACGUCAAGGUUGCAUCUGGCAUCGAUGGCAAGGAAUCUGGCGAUGAGAUGGAUGUGGGUAGUGAUAAGGAGGAGAGUAGUGAUCCCCUCAGUUCCGCCCCAUCUCCGGCAUCAACAGCGCUUUCCCUGGUAUCUGGAAGGUCUCGCGCCAUGUCUGAGGGGCUAGAAACUGCUCACAACGAUGCCGAAACCGAGAAUCCACGUAAGCGAAAACACCGAGCAUCCUCUGUCGGCUUUCCUAGCAAACGCCAAAGCAUGGACCCGCCAAAACGUAACCUGCGUGGUAUUCAGUCUGAGGAUCUGGCUGGUCAGGCAGACAGAUCUCCUUCUCCCAAGCUACGGAGUCAUCGGAGAGCGGCAUCUACACAGUCUGCAUUGUUGGACGGCACGGCAGAUAAUCCUAGACCACGACGAGGCGCAUCCCAACUCCCUAUGCGCGAUCCAAAGUCCAGAAGUACGUGGGAGGAGUCCGAUGCCUCAUCUGAAACUGCUUCGUACGGCCACACAGAUUUGCGGCGAGCGCAACGUGGUGUCGGAAGAUCGACAUCGACACCUGGACGACCGAUCGGGCGGGAGCUCAAACGUCACGUCAACAAGUACGGCUUUACACGGCUUGCAGAAGCCUGUGAUAAUGGUGAUCUGGACCUGGUCAAGCAGUGGCGAGAACGGGAUCCGGAGCAGCUGGAGGUAGCGGAGUAUGCACAGAACAAGCCUCUUCAGAUUGCAUCGCUGAGAGGAAAUGCCGAGAUUGUGCAGUAUCUUGUCGACGAAGGCUGUCAGAUUGAUUGUGCGAAUGUCGACAAGGAUACGCCACUCAUUGAUGCUUCCGAAAACGGCCAUCUGGAAGUGGUCAAAAUUCUGCUCAAUGCUGGUGUAGAUCCAUUGGGUCAAAAUCUAAAAGGGCAACAGGCUCUGGAUGUCGUUAAAGACGACGAGGACAACGCCGAUGAGAUCCGGGUGAUACUACGCAAUGCCAUCGAACAAUGGAACAGCGAUGGCGCAAAGCAGCGACGCGAAGAAGAUGAAGAAGCACGUCAUCAGCAGAAACCCAACAAGGAGAUUCACUUCAUGGCACGAACGCACGAGAAUUUGAUUAGACUCAUUACUAUUAAUGAUCGGAAUGGAGUAAGGGAGUUCCUCGAUGCCCGUGUACCCGUCGACAACGCGGCCAUCGCAGCCGCGGCACGUACUGGUGAUCAGUAUCUUGUCAACAUGCUGCUCGCAGAACUGUCAGAUAAGAAGGCUAAUCAAAAGCCGGAGAAACCCGUACUAGCAGUUCUCGGAACAUCGCACUUCGAGAUGCUUAAGAUGCUGACAUCGCUGGACCAAUUCAACCCUACCUGGAUAUCGCGAGGCGGGAAGUCGUGGGCUGAGAUUGCAGAAGAGAGGGGUGGCCCGCACUGGCGACAGGAGAAAGAUUUGUUUGAGAGGUUGACAGUGGGCAAGGCUAAGAACAUGGGUAUCCGGCGGAGCUCAAGUCCAGUGACGAAGCGGGAGAGCAUUAAGCGUAGACUACCGCCUCAGCUCAGAGAUCGGGAUGAGAGUGACGAGGAGGACGGACCGAAGCCGAAGAAUGGUCGCAGGUUGAUGUCGAGACGAGCGAUGCGAGCUGCGAGCAGUAAAGCGAGGUCGGACUCGGAGUUUGAGGGCGAGUCGACGUCAGAUACUGGCACUGGCCACACGGUCGAAGCAAACGAGCCGGAGCCGGAGACAUCAAUGCAGCCGCCUGGUAGCCCGUCUCGCAGAAAGGCUCCAAUUCGGCAACGUACGAAGAGCAUCUCUUCUGUGCCUACUGAAGUGUCACCGAAGGCGAGAAGGCGGUCUUCUUCGUUUCGCGGUCUGCAGGAGCAUGCUCUUCCUGUGGUGGAGGAGACAGCUGAGGAUCGGGAUGGAAUGGAGAUUGAUGCCAAUGAGAAAGCAGAGGCUGUUCUGCGAGAAGCGCAAGCGCGAGAAGAGCAACAGCGCAAGGCGGCAGCUGAAGCCGAAGCCAAGGGAGCCGAGGAGGCAGUGAAAGCGGAAGAGAGACGCAAGGAGGAGGAAGCACGGAAAGCCGAGGAAGAGCGCCAGGCCCAAGUCGAGCGUACACUUGCAGAAGACGCUCGCCGACUAGAGGCAGAGGAGAUGGCGCGGAAGGCCGAAGAGCAGAAGAAAUUGGACGAGGAAAGGCGGCAGAGUGAGGCUCAGAUGGAAGGCGCUAGGCGCGAUUUCUGUCGGAAGCUUUUUGAUGUCCUUCCGCGGUCCAUGGCCGAAUCAUUCGAUCCAGAUGGGAGUGAAGGGGGGAUCACGGACGCCAUACUCACUGACAUCUGUUUGCCACUACACGUCGUACGUGACGAGAACGGCACGGAUCAAAUACUCAAUGUGCAAGCUGCGGCGUUGCUCGGUAAGCGUGGUCAGGAACUGCUCUUCCCUCGCAGCUCCGAGCUGGGCUUCACGCGGACAUUUAGCGAACAGUGGCAGGCUUCCACACCCGGGUCGAGCUUUACCCGCCGCAUUGCGCACGAACUUGCGAAGCAAAGGGUUCUAGAUGAGAUGUCGUCUGUGGACGAUGAUCACGAAAUGCAAGACGCGUCUGGUGACUUUGCUGCUAAAGUGAAGCGUAUGCAUGAUCGUCUUGACCGGGUCGCUCGGUAUCGAGAUCAGAUCGUGGACACGCUUCCACUAGAGCUCGUGCAGCUUCAGGACGUCCUCGCCAAUCUCGACUCGGCAACUCGUGACCUGCAGCUCUUGGUCCAGUACUCGCAGCUAUCUGCGCAGCGAUCCUCAGUAGUACGGACUAAGCUUGACAAGCAGAGCUUUGUAGGACGCAUACAAGGGGUUUGGGAAGUGGAGCCCCUGAUGAGGCAGUUCAAGGCUGGUGAGGAGGUCAAGACGCAUGCCGAGGCUUGGGCUGGUGAGACGGUUGUUACGAUUGUACAUGAGAAGUAG